CGCAGACUACCCGAGUGUCUUACGUUCGCCGUACGACACUUUAGUCCAGCCCAGGUCUGCUAAGAGCAGAACGCAACAACAAGCUGCUGUUACCACCACAUCUUGUCAAGUAGCCCUGCCAAGCCACUUCACAAGAGCGAAUGGCGUUCAAGUUGCCACAGAUCCUGGGCUCGUACGAGCAGAGAGGGGCCUACAGGAACCAAAAAGAAGCCUUCUUGGCCUUCUUGGGAUACUCCGUAGGCCUAGGCAAUUUCUGGCGGUUCCCGUACCUGUGCGCUAAGUACGACGGAGCGACAUUCCUAAUUCCUUACUUCGCGGCUCUGGUGGUCAUCGGCCUGCCACUGUACUUCCUCGAGUUGGCCCUGGGCCAGUACUUAAGCAUCGGGCCAACACAUCUCUUCUGCUUCAUCAGCCCUGGAUUCUGCGGUGUCGGCUGGGCGAUGGUGCUGGUGAUGAUGCUCGAAACCAUUUACUACAACAUCGGGAUCGCCUGGACCCUCUUCUUCACAGCCAACUCCUUUCGUGAACAUCUCCCGUGGGAGUUAAACAGCACAGAAAACCACUACAAUGCAGCGGCGUCCUAUUUCAACCAAACCGUCCUGGGAGAAAGACAACCCGAAACAGAAAUAAAUCUACUCCUCUUGCUGAGCCUGGCAGUCGCGUCGUACCUGUUGGCCUUGGCUAUCGCCAGGGGCGUCUGGUACAUGGGGAAGGUCCUGUACAUCACCAUCGGCGUCGCCUACAUCAUCCUGCCCGUGCUGCUGGUCGCCUCCUACGUGAAGUCGGACGGGACCGGGUGGUGGGAUUCCAUGAAGGAGUACCUCAGAGUGGACUCGAUCAAACUGCUGGAGGGCAACAUCUGGUGCGAGGCGGCGACGCAGGUCAUGUACACGCUCGGGCUGGCACACGGCGGCCUCCAUACCCUGGCCUCUUACAACACGUUCCGACACAACUUCCUGAGGGACACCGUCCUCCUCGUGCUAUUGGACACGGCCACCUCGAUCCUGUGCACCAUCGUGGUGUUCAGCUCGCUGGCCUCCAUCGGGCAAGAACUCCCCGAGGACAAGCAGGAGCUCGCGAAUCUGUUGUUCAUCGUGUUCCCGGCGCUGCUCUCCAAGAUCGACGCACAGCCGUGGCCCGUCAUCGUGUUCUGCAUGAUCUUCUUCUUCGGAUUCAACAGCCAGAUGAUCAUGGUGGAGACCAUCACCACCGCCCUCUUCGACCAGUUCCGCGUGCUGCGCCACUGCUACGUGCCCGUGGUGGUGGGUACGUGCACGGCGCUUUUCCUGAUGGGGAUCCCCUUGUGCAUGCGCGGCGGCAUCAGAUUCUUCCAGUGCCUCGACAAGAACAUCACCGCCCACUCCUUCCUGUUCCUCGGCUUGUGUGAGGUCAUCGUCGCCGGCUACGUCUACGGAUUCCACAACCUCAUGGACAUCAUAAGAAACCGCAUGAAGGUGCCUGUCUGCCCGCUCUGGUACUGGUACUUCAGGGUCAUGUACAUGUUCGUCACGCCGCUCUUCUUGCUGGCGUGUCUCAUCUUCUCCUGGCUUUAUCGAGACGGGAGCUGCGGUUCCUGGGAGGUCUUUGGCGUCAUCGUGGCCCUCUACCCCUUCAUCAUCGUCGUCGUAGGGGUCGGUUACGCCGUCAUCAGGAACUGGAACAAGGGACUAGCGAGCCUUCUGGAGCCGACGCAGGACUUCUGCCCCGAGUACGAGCGCCGAGAGAGAGCCGCCAGCCCGAAGACUUACGAGCUCCAGGUCACCACGACGCUGUAGCUGCCUCGUGGCGGCUGAAGGCCCGGCGGGACAGAAGGCAGGAUGUGGAGACAAGCCUGCACGCACGCACGCACGCACGCACGCAUACGCACGCACGCAUACGCACGCGCACACACACAUACACACACACACACACACACACACACACACACACACACACACACACACACACACGCACGCACGCACACACACGCACACACACGCACACACGCACACACACGCACACACACGCACACACACACACACACACACACACACACACACACACACACACACACACACACACACACACACACACACACACACACACACACACACACGCACACACACACACACGCAUGGAUAUGAAAACUUUCAAGCUUUAAAAAGAUUAUUUAAAUUUCAUAAAAUAUAUUACUUUCUAUUGGGAACUUUAAGACUAUGAACAGAAUCAAAAUCUCUCAAAAUAUUUCUUAAAGUAAAUGGUCUGUGUAAAUAUCUAUUCCAUAGAUAUUUACAUAUCGCCAUAGAUAUCACAGCUUUCUACAAUGCGGGCCACGCCCAUUGGUUCCUGGCACCUUUGGCAUAUAGCACGGGGGAAUCCAUGUGUUGUUCUUGUGGCCAUAUUCCCAUUCUUGUUAGCUCUGCUUUUCUGUCCAAGUUGGAACUAGUGACCCAGAGACCAAGCUCUUCUUUAAUAGUUCCCAGCUUAUUAGAGGGUGUAUUUUUCUAUUGGUUUCUCCACUUCUGUGCUAUUGUUUCUUUGAUCUGGGGCUUCAGGUCUGCGUGUGGGAGAGGGAAAUCAAAAUCAGUGGGAAAGGAAGCAGCAGCUUUGGCCUUUUUAUGUGCUAAUUCAUUUCCAGCACAGAAUGACCAUUUUCCGUGAUGAUACCAGUAUUAGCCAGUUCUGUAUUUAUCUUACUAAUGGGUGGGAAGAGUUUAAACUUUCAACAGCUUGUAAUGAGCUGCGAGAGUCAGAGUGUAUCCCAAACGGGCGAUUUCAUUGUUUCUUAUCAUUCUGACUGUAAAAAGGAUGGCAUAUAAUUCUGCAGUAAAUAUCAAUGCUGUUGGAGGGAGACUUCCCAUACUUUCUCCUCGUUUGCUAAUGGUGGCAUAUCCUACUCCAAUUUCGGAUUUCGAGGCAUCUUUGUAUAUUAUUGUUGAGGUUCUAUAUUUAUAGAAGUGUUCUAGAAACUUGUGCAUUAUUUUUAUGUCAGUAUUUAUUUUCUUUUCUAUUGCUAUUGUAGUGUGACGUAUUUCAGUACAAGAACGCAUCCGGAUUCAUGUAUGCGAACGGGGAAUGGCCAAGUUGCCACUUGGUGGUCGUUUCUGUUAUGGAUGCGCUUACUAACACCCAGCGGUACGCCCUUGCAUCUUUUUAUUAAACGCCCCACCUCCAAGAGAACUUGUCAAGAGUAUUAGGUCGGAGAGAGCUCGCGGUCUGCACCCAACCCCUUUCACAACCGAGAUAGGUGGCAACCACUUCGCCGAGUGCGCGGUGAAGUCGCCACCGGCAGGGAGUUGGCGGGUAACCUCGGUCGUGAAAGGGUGUGAGUGUGGGCUGAGGGAGGACUUGUGUUUUGUGAAUAUUGGUACUAUUUGAUACUUUCUGUACUGUAUACCGUGCCCUGCAUUUAUGUCGAACACGCCAGUGAUUUUUGUACACUGUACAGCAGGAAAUAAAGCAGCCAAAGACGGA